ACUAAAUCUACAUCCCCACCAGCAGCCGGCUGCUAUAGCUAAUUAACAGAAAUCAUUCUGUCAGCACCAAAGACCUUGUCUACCUUUCCCACACCCUCGAUCACUCAGCUCACAAUAAUAUUAUAUAUAUAUAUAUAAUAAAUGUGUAUUAGUCCAAAUGGUAUGAUCUCAUCCCUCUCGAAGAGUUUGAGUCUUGCCGGGGACAAUAUAUAUAUAUAUUAAUAUUGUCUAUGUGGCCAUUUGCAUAUCCUCCUCCUCCUCGAUCACUCCCUCUCUAUAUCUCUCUCUAGCUCAAAACAAAACUGAAGAACGUGUCAGAUUAGUUAUGGAAUCAUCAGCUGGUAAUCGAGAAGAGUCGAUGAACUGGAGUGAUCAAGAGGUUGAUGACGAACAAGAGAACGAAUUCAAAGAUGGGGAGAUCGGUAGUAGUGCAGCAGGUAAAUCCUAUGACUGCAUCUUUUGCAGGCGUGGCUUCACUAAUGCGCAGGCCUUGGGUGGACACAUGAAUAUCCAUAGGAAAGAUAGAGCCAAGAAUAAUAAUAUUGUUACACCUUCUUCCUGCAGCAUCUUCAAUUCAACUAAAAUUGAAGAAGACAAUUAUUACGCGAAUCCAAUUUUCUACCAGCUGCCAAUUUCAAGCUAUCCACUGCAUUAUUAUUCUUCUGCACCGAACAACAAUGCGCAACAAAUCAGUUAUCAGACAUGUUUUCCAUCAUCAUCUGUAUCAGGUACCAAGCCUUUUUCACACACACACCAUCACCAUGCCAUUAAUGAUCAAAACCCCCACAGCUUGAAUUCGUUAGGAGAGUUGAAUUGGCAGACGGGUUUGAGUUUGCAAUUUGAUUCCUGGCACCCAGAAGAUCAUGAUGAAAAGAGGAAUCGAGGUGCGAUUCAAGAAGAUGGAUUAGAUUUGGAGCUCCGGCUUGGUCAAGAUCCGUAAAACUCAAUUUUAUUCCAUAUAUAUGUACAAGGUUCUAUAUUUUUAUAGAUUUGUGAUACUGUACACACUUGUGUGUGUUGUUCACAAAUUUUUGGAGUUUAUAUGCAAAAAAGACUCUUACAUUUUCAAUGAA